AUCAGAAACCAUGUGCGCGCGUUCAAGUCGGCCUGCGAGUUGGUUGCUAACUUUUGGUAAAAUUUAUUAAUAAAAAAGGACUCUUUUGGAUUUUCUGUGCAAACCGUACAUUCAAUUGUGUACCAUCGAUAGUUGUUUGCAAAAAACAAAAAAACAUUCGUGAAUCUUCAAGAUGACGAUCAUUAAUCUUGAUCCAACGAAUUUGGAGUUUUCCAUAUUUACGGCGGAAGACAUAAGAAAGAUCAGCGUGUUGGCAGUGACACAGGCACGUUCGUUCGAUGAAAUGGGCAAUGCGAUCCGGGAUGGUCUGUAUGAUCCCGCCCUAGGCCCUAGCGGGCAUGGCGAAAUCUGUGCCACUUGUACUCGCGAUCUGAACAUGUGCGAAGGACACUUCGGACACAUCGAACUCGCUGUGGACGUGUACAAUCCGUUCUUCCAACGUACGGUAGCCAAUAUACUCCGCAUCUGCUGCAUGGCGUGUGCGCGCCUGCAAAUGAAUGAUGGAGAAAAAUCGCUACUUGAGCUACAGUUGCGUCUAGCGGAUGCUGGUUACAUCGUCGAAGCGGAAGAGAUCGAUUUGUACAAAGCGAAACUGCAAGCAAACGCGAAUGAACCUAUCCCGGAGGAGGUGAUUUAUUACGAGAAUUUGUUGCGAAAUGAACCCUACAACAAGCUGGGCAAUACGAAACUAUCCAGCACUAUUCGGGAGGCAAUAGUGAACGCUGCGUUUCGCGUGGACAAUAAAAAGUGCAAGCACUGUGAGAAGAUUUUGCAAAGGGUCGUAGUGUCGGACAAAAGGAUAACGAUACGUUGGACGCAGGCGGAUAAAAAAACGUUUUAUGAGGAAAAGGGAACGGAUAAACCCACCGAGGAGCAAAAAAAAGCGUCAUCUACGGUGAUGAUUGCUAACGAUAGUAAGCAGUUUCUCCGGAAGCUAUACGCGAAUGAUGGUACGCUGUUGAGCCUUCUGUUGCCGGUACUGUCCACAAAAAAGGAAAAUCCUACUGAUAUGUUCUUCAUGGAAGUGGUACCUGUGACACCGAUAAAAACGCGCCCUGUCCGCCGUUCUUCGCGCACACCAGGACGCAUCAUGCAGGUUGAGCACGCGCAGUCAUUGUCGUUGCGAAACAUUCUGCUUGCAAACUCGACCGUGCGUGCCGUUAUGUUUAUCACCAACCCGACACAGUACCCGAAUGUAUCGCAAGCGGUACACGAUCAUAUGCAAUCCAUUUGCACGUACGCCAAAGGCGAUACGCUGACCGCGAAGUUUUAUCAUGGCUGGGCGGAACUGCAGACGGCGGUCGACCAUCUGCUGGAUGUGGAGAAACUUACCAUCGGCGGCAAGCAGGCCAUUUCGUUCGGUUUGAAGCAGCUACUUGAGAAGAAGAACGGGCUGAUACGCAUGAACAUGAUGGGCAAACGGGUGAACCAUGCCGCCCGUACCGUGAUCACACCCGAUCCGUACAUCGGUAUAGAGGAGAUCGGCAUACCGACCCGGUUUGCGAAGAAGCUUACCUAUCCCGUACCCGUCACGCCGUGGAACGUGGCCGAGUUGCGCCGCUGGGUAUUGAACGGGCCGGACGUUUAUCCGGGCGCAAACAUGAUCGAAGAUGCGAACGGACGGGUAAGCAAAAUUUCAUCCUCCAACGUGACGCAGCGUGAAUCGAUGGCCAAAACGUUGCUCACACCGCACGAAGCCGGCGGUGAUGUGAGUGUAGCCGAUUCAAUCAAAAUCGUCCAUCGGCAUCUGCAGAACGGCGAUGUGCUGCUGCUUAACCGGCAGCCUACACUGCAUCGGCCAAGUAUAAUGGCGCACCGGGCCAAGAUCCUAGGUGGGGAGAAAAUUUUUCGCCUCCACUACUCGAACUGCAAAUCGUACAAUGCCGAUUUCGAUGGGGACGAAAUGAAUGCCCAUUUGCCACAGAAUGAGGUGGCACGGGCAGAGGCGUUCGGGUUGGUAGCCGUACCUUAUCAGUAUCUCGUCCCAAAAGACGGUACACCGCUCGGUGGUUUGAUUCAGGAUCAUAUCGUGUCAGCCGUGAAGCUUUUCAUUCGCGGAAAGUUUUUCAAUCGCGAGGAUUAUCAGCAGCUGGUGUUUCAAGCGCUGAACAACAAGAAGGGCAAUAUAGAUCUGUUGCCCCCCUCGAUUUUGAAGCCGGUGAGACUAUGGUCCGGAAAGCAGAUCAUUUCGACCAUCAUCAAGAACAGCACGCCGAAGGGGAAGCCCUACAUUAACAUGAUUGGAAAAUCAAAGCUUAGCAGCAAGCAUUGGCGAGUAUUACCGGCCCGCGAAUGGAAAUACGGUGGUACACCGCUUGAAGAGAACGAACUGUCCGAAUCGGAAGUGUUCAUCCGCCAGGGCGAACUGCUGUGCGGCAUCCUCGACAAGAACCAUUUCGGUGCUACACCGUACGGUUUGAUUCACUGCAUGUACGAACUGUACGGUGGCGUUUGUUCCACGGCACUGCUUUCCUCGUUGUCUCGGCUCUUCACCUACUACCUCCAGUGGGAGGGUUUUACGCUCGGCGUGCGUGACAUUUUGGUACGCUCGAAGGCGGAUAGAAAGCGUGCGAAAAUUGUUCGCGAAUGUCGCGAACAGGCAGGACACGAAGCAGCCGCCGCUGCCCUUGAUCUACCGUCGAGCGUUUCGCGCGAAGUGCUUGCCAAACAUUUGCGGGAAGCGUACGCCAAGAAUCCAAACUUUCGUGCCAUUAUCGAUCGCAAGUAUAAAACCGCACUCGAUACGUUCACAAAUCGGAUUAAUAAUGCUUGUCUUCCGGAUGGUUUGAUCAGCAAGUUUCCGGAGAACAAUCUGCAGCUUAUGGUACAGUCCGGUGCGAAGGGUUCGACUGUAAACACGAUGCAAAUCUCCUGCCUGCUCGGUCAGAUCGAACUCGAAGGCAAACGUCCACCGCUCAUGCUGUCGGGCCGCUCGUUGCCAAGCUUUGCCGACUUUGAAACCUCGCCCAAAUCGGGUGGAUUUAUAGAUGGACGCUUUAUGACCGGCAUACAGCCGCAAGACUUCUUUUUCCAUUGUAUGGCGGGUCGCGAAGGUUUGAUCGAUACGGCGGUCAAGACUAGCCGUUCCGGUUAUUUGCAGCGCUGUCUGGUGAAGCAUCUGGAGGGACUUUCGGUGCAUUAUGAUAUGACGGUGCGGGACAGUGAUGGAAGCGUGAUACAGUACAUGUACGGCGAGGACGGUAUGGAUAUUGGUAAAACACAGUUCAUCGCGAACGAGAAGCAAACGCGCUUUCUCGACAUGAAUCAUGGCGUGAUCGUACAGCAGGACGUUGUGAAACGUUUGCAAACCGCAAACGAUGAGGAUCCGUUGAACGAGGCGCUAAGAAAGCAUGUGAAAAAAAUGAAACGCUGGACGAAACAAAACGGUGGCCACAGUUCGACGUUGCUGAAAAGCCGAACCUCUCCGUUUGCGCUGUUUACGGCCGAAAAUGCGGAAGCGCUCCGGGUCGAUCUUGCGAAUGCGGAUAAGGUGAAAAAAUCCGGCCGUACCAAGCUGACGGAAAAGCUGAUCAAACGGUGGAAAAAGCUAGAUCCGGCCGUAAAGCACGACUACGUAAAACGGGCCGCCCACUGUCCCGAUCCCGUCGCGGCUGCCUUUUCUCCCGAUGCACAUUUUGGCGUGCUGUCCGAAAAGCUCAACGAGUUGAUGAUGAAGUACAAGCGUACGCAAAAGCCAAUCCACAACAUCGAAGAGUUGAUGCAGGUAAAGGGAAGUGAAGCGUUUGCCGCCCCAGGCGAACCGGUCGGUGUGUUGGCGGCACAGUCGAUCGGUGAACCAUCGACACAGAUGACGCUUAAUACGUUCCAUUUUGCCGGCCGUGGUGAAAUGAACGUUACGCUCGGUAUUCCGCGUUUGCGUGAAAUUCUGAUGUUCGGAGCGUCCAACAUUAAAACACCGACGAUGGAAAUUCCAUUUCUACCGCACCGUAAACCGGAGCGGCUGAAAGCGGUUGCGGACAAGCUGCGCAAAUCGCUCAACCGUGUCACGGUGGCCGAUGUGUUGGAGAAUAUUAACGUCAAGUCGAAACUGGCUGUAACUCCGUCGCGCGUUACGAUUUACACGUUUCGUUUUAACUUCCUUCCGCCGGACGCGUACGAUCAGGACUAUUGCGUUACGCCUGCGUCAAUCAUACGCCAUAUGUCGCGUAAAUUCUUCCGAGCAAUGUUUAGCGCUAUUAGAAGAGAUGAAGCAACGAAAAAUAAUUUAAUCGAAACCGAGACAAAAGGGAAAUCAAAUGAAAAUAACGAAGACGAAGCACUAGAUGAGAGAGAACCAUUAAAACAGGAAAGGCACGAAACAGCUGCAUUUUCUGACAGUGACAGUGAAUCGGAUGAUGGUUUGCCGGCAGCGGAUGCCGAUGCAUCGGAGGCGAAAAUUAAGGGCAAAACAACCGAUGAGCAUGGUUACGAUGAUGAAAAGGAUGAGAACAGCUCGGAUUCCAGUGACGAGGAGAAGGAAGCCGAUGAAGCAAUGGAUGGGAAAUCGUCGGAAAAGCAAAAGGACACGAAAAGUUCACCCCAAGGGUUGGAAGAGGCGCUCAUUGAGGAGUAUGAGAAGGAUCAGGAAAAGAUGGAACAAGAGCUACUGGAACAAACGCCAACCGGUAGUGGGUGCGUCAUCGAGAAGGAGGAGGCAGAGUAUAUGAAGCACCUGAAUUCCAAGGUUAAUAUGUACCAAAUAGAUCGGGUAGACUAUCGCUGGUGUCAGGUUGUGCUGCAUAUGCCCUUGAAGCUAAAGGAAAUCGAUUUUACCAAGGUGUUUCGUGAGGUGGCCGCCAAGUCGGUCAUAUGGGAGGUACCGAACAUCAAGCGUGCCAUCACGUACAUGCAGAACGAUCAGCUGUACUUGAAAACCGAAGGCACAAAUAUGUCCGCAAUGACGGCACAAGCCAAGGUACUAGAUUUGAAUCGACUCUACACCAACGACAUUCACGCGAUGGCGAAACGGUACGGAAUCGAGGCAGCGGCACGCGUCGCGGUGAAGGAAAUACAGAACGUGUUUGGCGUGUACGGUAUCACGGUCGAUCCCCGGCAUUUGUUGCUAGUGGCCGACUAUAUGACUGCAGGCGGCAAGUUUCUGGCAAUGAACCGUAUUGCGAUGGAAUAUAACGCCUCGCCGUUGCAGCAAAUUUCCUUCGAAACGUCACUCAAAUUCCUGCGGGAUGCGUUAAUGAAGGGAAAGAGUGAUCGUUUGGAAUCGCCCUCUUCCAGGCUGAUCGUGGGUCAACCAUGCAGGGUUGGCACGGGUGCAUUCACGUUGUAUUCAUCCGCUCUACAGGAUUAUUUCGACACGACAAAGGUGUAAAAUAGUGGCAAACAUUCAUUACGUACAUCCUUGUUGUGCUGUUUAGCACAAGUUAAUAAAGUUUUGCAAGAAUAAUCUAUACA